GACUUUGAAACUUUGUUGAAGAUCUUCAUUACUAGUGACCAACUGGUAUACAUACAUGAUUAUAUAGUUUAACUUUUAUUAAGAGGUCACCCAUGGGGAAUGGUGGAUGACCCCUUAUUACAGGUUGACCACUUGGUACAGGUUCCACAGAAAAGGGCUGUUUUAAAAAACACCAUUUUAUUCUGUAAUUGACCUCUUAAUAUACAAAAACUCAGGCAAAAAUACUUCUUACAUUGAUUUCAGGAGGUAAACCUGGAUAAAAUUUUUCUUGAAGAUUAUUCUUAGUUUUAUUUGAGUGGUCCCACUACAAGUGACCAUUCAAUACAGACUGAAGACAGUAGAAACAGGCUGUUUGGACUUAGUUAAGUGUGACUACAUCUGCUAAAAGAAGUGAAAAUUACAAACUGUGGUAGUAACUAAGGAGAAAAAAGUUUAGAACUUUGACAACUGACUAUUUAAUACAGGAUGAAUGCACAGGUUCAACUAUAUAAUUGAUACUAAACUUGCACUGUUAAUCUUAAAUGUAUACAUUUAUAUACAGACUAUAGAGAAUGAAUCAAGAAAGUUUGAUAUGCAGCAGGCAAAUGAAAAGAUAAGAAUGCACCAGUCAUUUCCAUCUACGUCAUUCUCUAGGAAAGGGGGUGAGGUGUAAUUUUCUAAUAAUUUUAUUUUAGUGAAAGAAAUCAGGCAGAUUUAUUUGAACUGUGCUUUAAUGAUAUAAAGGAAGGAAGCCAAUCAUGUAAUUCUUGUAGGAAUUUUAUUCUUGAAUGGUACAGUAUCUAAACAUCUCACAUUUCUUUAGCAGUGCAAUGCUGUCGCUGAUUGGGCUAGCAAUUAAUCCUAACUUGGAUUCAUUUACAUACUUCAUAUGAGUUCUGGGUAGAGAAUCAUACUACAGCAAGAACUUUAAUAUAGACUGCUGCUCUUUGGGUAACUGUGAAGAACUGCUCACUUCUGCUGACUUUUGGCCAACUGUUUGCUGACCGCCGACUUACUGUCGGCCUACUGUCUGUCAGUCAUCAGUUGGUUGUCAGCCAACAGGUUUUUACAGGGAGUUGUUAUUUCAAAUAACCAUUAUUUAAAGCCCUUAGUUAUCAGCAUAAAAUGGACAGAAUGCAAGGGACCCUUGCUGCCAUUUGCUCAUGAAUGUGCCAUUAACUGUUACUCCAUUCCUGAUUGCUCUCUUAACAGGCUUUCAUUCCAGCUUUUGAAAGCUAGUUUCUGUGGUGAACUUUUUUCUGAACAACUUUCUGGUUAUAAGGAACUUGAUACUUUACUUAGCUGAUGAUGCAGUACAGUUUCUUUAGGAAAUUGUAAUGCUUUUCCUUUUCUCUAACAUGUCAGUCUUGGUGCAACAUGUAGGUCUUUUGAAUGGUCGCUGGUUUUUAUUUUCACUUGAAUUAAGAUGAGGGGGUUUCAAGUUAUUGAAGGCUUAACCUCCAAGAGGCACAUUUUAAAUUGUAAAGUAAUAGUAAGCCUUUACAUGGGCCCAAGUGGCCCAUGGGGCUGGUGCUUAACUCCAGUUUUCUUAGCAUGAAGCGGCUAGGAGUAUUGCUACUCCCCCCUUGAUCGGAUGUUAGUCCAUCGCAGGUUUACCCCCAGCAUAUUUGCAGGUACCCAUUUGUACACCUGGGUGAAGAGAAGCACUGUGAGAGUGUCUUGCCUAAGAACACAAGAAUUUUAAAUUGUGCUAACACAUUAUAUUCUGUUGCAGGUGACAGUGAGAGUUUCUUAUUGCUGCAACUUAUGCCACUUCUCAGUUUUAAGACCGAAUGGUUGCAGUCUCGACUGAGACAAAAGGUGAGUCACAUUCAUUUGAAUUGUAAAAUUUGGUUAAUUUUUCCAGAUGUUAAUUUAUGAUAAAUAGUGAAUGAUGUCAUGGUAAAAACCUGAGAAUCUUAAUCAUCAACUGAAGAUAUUUGGUAUGUGAAUAAAUUCAUGAGUAUUCAAGAUGGAUCAAAUUUACAGUGAAACCUAUUUCAUUCAGACCCAAUGUAAGGUACUCAUCCUGCAACUUAAGGAUAGUAGCCCAUCUAGCAAACUUGUUGCUCCCAUAUUUGCUGUAGAAGGAACUUGUUUUCAGUAGACACCUCUAUUUCAUGGACAGGGACACAAAACCACUACCAAGGGAGGGAGCUGUAUUUAUGCGUCCAGUGUAUCAUUCUGUAAUUUAACACAGUGUAGAAAUACAUUGUGUGUACUGCCAGACCUCUUGCAGGACAUCUCACCCACUUGGUUUUCUCAAGGCCUCAAACUUUCUUGAGGACAAAGAAACACUCAUGCCACAGGGCCACCUGGUUGGAGGCUUCAUUAAGCCAAACUGUAAAAGGGCGUAAUCUAUCCAUGGCCUUAUUUGUCCUCAAGCAAUUAACAAUUACAGAGAAAUUUACAUAAAAUUGAAUGAGGCUGACACCAGUGCAAGUCUUGCAGAUAACCUCCUAAUACUAAAAAUUAUUGUUUUAUAAAUAUAGUACGAGAUCACAGAAUGUCUCGAGGAUCCUGCCAAGAUUCAAGGUGAAACUGGUGAAGGACUAAGUUUUGCUUCUGGACUCAUUUACCGGUUGGCAGUUCUCCAAGCAGUUGUGAAGAAUAUUAUAAGGUAACUAUGCUGAUUAUAUCACUUGAGGGAAAAAUUCAGCUCUAGUUCUUUUGGAAAACUGACAUUAUUUGCCACAAGUCACUGCACAUUAGUUGAUGUUUUUAUGAAAUGUACUCUGUCCAUAUGCAUUUGCUUGCAGAGCUCUUGAUCAGUGUGAUGCUGGUUUGUUCAACAAGUUAGUUGGUAAAUACCCUCAACUAGCAGCACAUGGGAGGGGUGUGGAUCGACUCGUUGACUUUUUUGAGAGAGACAAGGUAAGUUUUUGCAAUGUUAAUGCUAAUGGUUUCUUUCUUUCAUUUUAAGGAAAUAUGUAAAUGUAUUUGAAUUAUUUUUGCUAUCUACUUGAUUUAGUUAGAUGAUUCAGUUUCCUUGGAACCCUUGGAGAAGGCAAUUCAUUGCUAUACUGUGAGUAAUGGAACAUUUUGUUUAAUUUAAUCGGGAUGAGGUGUCCUUGAAAAUGUUCAACAUGAGUGUACUGUUUGAGGGAACCCUUUUUGUUUCCAGGCUAUGGUUCGGUCCCACUUGGCUGGUAACCCUGUGUCACAUUCUGAGUUCUUGUCUGACGAAUUGAAGAUCUUCACUGCUGGAACAGAAUGUGCCACCAUAGGGAUUGAGAGACUGAAGCAGUAUAGUAAGGUAUGUGAUAGUCGUCAGACAAUGAGCAGCUGCGUAGAAAAGGCAGAGAAGUUGCUUUUUGGAAGCUACCCCCCCCCCUCCUUUACUUUUCUGGCUCUCCCUCUUGCCUGCCUUGUGCUCACCUUCUCUUGCCUUUUCUUGUUGAACUAGAGGAAGAGGAGUGAAGUCUUUGUCUUUUAAGCCCUCUCAAUUUCAUGAAUAUAUUAUACCUUUUUGGUUGUUUUGGUAGGAUUGUGACGAGGGAAAUGCCUUUGGUGAACUUGUUCAAGAAAUGGAACUCAGAAACGUGAAAAUUCAACAGCUUUGCAGAAAGGUUAAAAAAACCGUUUCGUGCUUCAUAUAGAGUAGGAGAUUCCAAUCGUAGGGAAUAAUCCAAAAAGAUCCUUAAAGGAUCAAUGGGAGAUGGCUAUUCUCCUACGUUGGUAUGUUGGCUGAAGCAAGAGUUCACCUUAAACCCGACUGCUCAUUAUUCCUACUCAUUUUGGUCAUUUUCUUUCAUAGUAGUUUUCAGAAUUUGGUUUUUGGUUUAAACAGUGGCAGUGUUUUAAGUUUUUAUCGUGUUUGUUAUAAACGCGUUUCUGUUUGCCAAUACUUAGUGGUUCGUCUCCCGUAGCUACUAGCAACUAGUCGCUGGCGUUUAAACCAAGUUUUAUUUGUUUGUUUGUUUGUUUUUUUAAUUUCAGAUCAAAAGAAGAAUAUCAGAAGAUCAGACAAGUACCCUGUCGUUUUCUGGUUUUAUGGUGGUGUGUGGCUGGCUGCCUCUGACUAUCCUCAGUAGUACUUAUGUGAAAUGCAUGCAAUAACAGUCAAACCCAUAUUAAGAGGCUAUAUAUUAAGCGGCACCGUAUUUAGCGGUUACCCUGUAUUAAGCGGUCACCCUGUAUUAAGUACUCGGGUUUCAAAGUCUCGAAAUUUUUACCCUUUCACCUAUAUUGAGCGUUCCCGGUCACCCUGUACCAAGUCCCGACGGCUUGUCCCAAGUGAAUUUUUUUUUUCUGAGCACCAUAGAGAAAAUCUUAAACAGUGGACAGCUAAGGUAUUCAUCAGAGUUAUUUAGUCAACAUUUCAUUUCCCUUUAGAUUCAAGAGUCACUGAUUGAAUGCGCCAGGCAACAGAGCUUGGUGCUGAAAUUCUGCCAGGAACUUGCCACAGCCGUUUCACAGAACGCUUCCAGUCUAGCUAGUAAGUUUGAUAACCUCAGUAUUAAAUACCUCUCAUGGAAGUUCGUGAUUAACUGCAAUCAGUUCGAAUGACGAUUCUUGAACAACGUAAAUUGAGCAUCCAAUCAACGUUCUUUUGAUUUCAACGUCUGUCAAGUGAACCCCUUUCGAAAAUGUACAUUAGAGUCUUUCGAAUUCUUCGGUCGUUUUUUAAACUAAAAAAGAGAUAAGAUGGAUACCUCUUUUAAGACACGAAGAAGAGUAAUAUCAAUUUAUACCGUUUGUGAGGAAUUUAAUACUAAAUAUGAUAGCAUGGAGCGUAGGUUAUGCUAACACCGUUCUUCGGAGUCACACUAUUCAUCAAUUUUGAAUUGAGCGUCAAAAGAAAUCUUUGAUUGCUUUGGGUUCGCUUUAUCUCGCAGAGUGACUGGUCCAGAAAACCCGCGGCUUCUUCAUUCGCGUUUUCCGGCGCUCCAUGCAGUUUCCAUGUUUUUACUCUAAGUUCUCAUGGGCCCCUUGUGAUAUUUUCCUCUUAUCUGAUUCGCUGUUGUGACUUCUUUAGUGACGGUUUUACAAAUCAGGAUCGAGAUGCGCUUGGUGUAGGAAGUGUUUUUAUGUUGUAUUUAAGUGCAACCAUCUUGUGGUAGCAAGAAGGGAGCAUUCGAAGCGAUGUAGUGUCGAUUGGAGUUUCGUUCACUGAAAUUUUUUUAGUAAUUUUUUUGUUUUACCCUUGUAGACGAUGAAAACUUACUGAGUGGUCAACUUGACGAGUUAGCAAGUGAUGUGGCCGUGCUGGUGUUUGAGACAGAUGAAGUGCCAUGUAAAGAUAUAGUCAGGUCAGUCAAAUACACGUUUUUAGAGUCGAACACAAAGUGAAUCAUUUCAUAUUUUAAGGUUUGGUAAUCCUUCUAGCAUUACCUUAACCCUAACUGUAAAGCUGUCCAAGAGUAACUUGUUCUUAUUGCUCAUCCGAGGCAAUUGCGUUUUUCUUGUUUCUUGUUUUCCUUUCAGUCAUACUCUCGAUGAAGUCAUUUCUUUCCUAUCCUCGUUUGUGACCAAAAUACAAGAAGGCGAUCAUGAUGCUGAACCUAAAGAAGAGUCCAAGGUGUGUUAUGUGUGAAGCAAACUGUUCUCGGAUUUUGUUUGAGGCAUCUUCACAUGUGCCUGAGUGCAGGUCGGGAUUAAGCCUUCACCUUUUUUAUUCAGAUUCAAAGAAGAACGGAAUAAGGGCAGCGUGCUAUAUUUCGACUCUCUCGAGCAUGAUCUUGGCAGUCUACUUUGUUAGUUCUAUCUUCAGUCAGUUCUUAAGUUCUUCGCUUUCAGGAGUGACCCAACAGUUACUUAUCUUUUAAAUUUCUAGAAAUUUAUGGAAAGAAAAGAUAAAUAUCAACCAGGGAUUACAGUUCGAUUCAACACCAAAUUCUUAGAGCUGAAAUAAUGAAAAUGUGUCGUAGAAGUGCGGAUUGUUGAUAGUUCGCUUUUGGCUAGAAAGGUGUAAGCGUUCGCAACUUACUCCAGUCACGCAAACUCAUUCGCGCUUACAUUUUGUAUAUUUCGGUAAACCUUAGGAUUUCGGCUCAACUGUUUAUUUGUUCAACAGAACAAAUAAACAUACAGAACGUGAAUUGAUUACAGUGGUUUUAUAAAAUAUCUUUUAUAAUUUUCGAAUAUUCUGCGCAUUAUGGAAUCCAUUUUAAAUUUUCGUUUGCCUACUCUUCUGAGACCUGAUUUUCAAGAAAAGACGUAUUUUUUUUCUUCUCCACUAAACAGGUCAUGGCUUCAGCCGACACAAGUGACAAGAAGAUUGCUCAGUAAGUUCUCUUAUUAUCUUUUCUUCACGUUUUUAACAAUGAAACUCGAAACGAAUUACGCUUAGUAAAUGAUAAUCUCUCGAUUAUUUAUGUUAGUGAAAGUGUCUUGCAUAUUUGGUGAACAAAAAAGGGUUCUGCUUGCAGUAAAAAAAAAAAAAAGACAAACAACAUGCAACACAAACAAAAAGAAAAUAAGCCUUAACAUUAAUGUUAACAGAGCUCUGGAGAACCAAGGUGGGACACAGAAAAGACAAAGGAAAGAUGAGGUAGAGAAUGAAACAGCAGCAAAAGCAAAACGUCGAAGAAGUGGUAGUGACACUGUGGCCCGUUUGCCAGAAGAGAACGACUUCGCUCAGAAAUGGAAAAUGAAAGAAAUGCAGCAACUGAAGCAGCGACUUGAGGCUGAGAGUGAGAAGAAGGAGCAGUCCAAAAAGCAACAUCAGGAUUUGAUGCAGGUCCUGCUGCAGCAAACUAAACAGCAACAAGAACAGAUGGAAGAUUUUAAGCAGAUGUUCACCUCAAUGUACGAGCAGCAGUCUCAAAUUAUCAGAAAACUCCUAGAAAAACAAAACAAAACUAUGCCCUGAUUUUGUACUGUGCAAGAUGAAUUUAGUUUUAAGCAUUUUCAGGCAUAUGCUUCUUGACUGUUUUGUACACUUGUUUGAACAAGCGCACAACGUGAGUUCGAUUUGAAAUCACAAGUAUGAUUUCGGACCAAAAUUGCACGACACGAGGUUCAAUUACCACUUCUUUACACAUCCAUUUUGAAAUCGCCCAAGUGGAGAACUUGGUCAGUUCAAAUAUUUUAUUGAUGCAGUAAUGAGCUAGUUUGAAAUUAAAUUCAUCCAUUUUUUUAGGAGGAAAAAAACAAGAGUUUUGGAAACAAAGGUUGCAAAAUUUGCCACAUGUUACUCUUUGUCUUUCAUUUUCCUGCAGUUACAUUGGUUACUUUAAACAAGCC